AUGGAAACAAUGAAUAUUGAAACGAAUAUUCUACCAAUGAAUUGUAAAGAUAUUCAAGAAAUAGCUUGGUCAUCAAAACUUAAUACAUUUCUUCUUCUUACAACGGAUGAAUUAUAUCAAACUGGUUGUAAACAUUUACAUCCAACACCUAUUCAGCAAAUUCAGUUUAUUGCUGAAGGUCCUCGAAAAUCAUACAUGGCCAUAGAUGGAGAUGAUUUACUUAUAAAUCGUUCAUUUGGAUAUGAUAUUCGUCGUUAUUCUCUUACAAAUUUUAGUCUUGUUCAAUCACCUCGUACAUAUAUAGAAAAUGAAAAUAUUUGUGUAACAACUAUUCGAUUAAAUUCAAAUAAAAUAUUAGCUCUUGCUAUUUCUAUUGGUAAACAACAAAUGAUUGAUUUAGUUAAUUUAAAUACUGAUCAACUUAUACAUCGAAUUAAUUUUAAUACAGGUGAAAAUAUAUUAUAUCCUAUUGAUUUACAUAAUAAUGGACAAUGGUUUGCUAAAACAUGUAUACCUUGUGUUAAUAUUAGUCAUUGUUUAAUAUCAUCAAAUGGACAAGUUACAAGACUUACACUUUUUCCUAAUCAAGAUAAUUUUAUACGUUCUCUUUGUACAAGUCCUGAUAGUCGAUGGUUACUUGUUAGUCGACAACAUGCACUUGAACUGUACCAACCUUGCAUAUCAUAA